GAUUGUCCAUCCAGUGAGUUUCUUUUUCAUGUGCUGACGAGAAGUGCCAGUCACCCGGGGAUUCUCAGGAUGUCGUCACGAGAAGUCCUGGCUAUGUGUUUUAUCCUCUUACUGGGUCAACGGAUCGCCUGGGCUGUCGUCCAGGGCAAUACUGGAAUGUCAGACAGAUUGGAGAACGUGACACAGACAAUUUCAAGAAUUCUUGAAGGAUACGACAUUCGCUUAAGGCCAAAUUUCGGAGGCGAACCACUUCUAGUCGGUAUGGAUCUGACCAUCGCAAGUUUCGACGCCAUCUCCGAGGUGAACAUGGACUAUACAAUAACCAUGUACCUUAAUCAAUACUGGAAGGACGAGAGGCUGGCUUUCUCUCACGAGGAAGAGGUACUGACGCUGAGUGGUGAUUUUGCAGAGAAGAUCUGGGUGCCGGACACCUUCUUCGCCAACGACAAGAACAGCUUCCUACACGACGUCACUGAACGCAACAAACUGGUUAGACUGUCUGGGGAUGGCUCGGUCACCUACGGGAUGAGGUUCACCACGACUCUGGCCUGUAUGAUGGAUCUACAUUAUUAUCCUUUGGAUUCACAGAACUGUACAGUCGAGAUAGAGAGCUAUGGAUAUACGGUGCUGGACGUUGUCAUGUACUGGAAGGAGACUCCUGUUCGUGGUGUCGAGGAAGCUGAACUACCUCAAUUUACGAUUAUCGGUUACGAGACCAAUGAUCGAAAGGAGACACUAGCUACUGGUAUCUACCAGAGGCUCUCGCUAAGCUUCAAGCUUCAGAGGAAUAUAGGAUACUUUGUCUUCCAGACUUAUCUGCCUAGUAUCCUAAUCGUUAUGCUGAGCUGGGUCAGCUUUUGGAUCAAUCACGAAGCUACCAGCGCGAGAGUUGCUUUGGGUAUUACGACUGUACUAACGAUGACGACGAUAUCGACCGGUGUCAGGAGUUCGCUGCCACGGAUCAGCUAUGUCAAGGCCAUAGAUAUUUAUUUGGUGAUGUGUUUCGUAUUUGUGUUCGCUGCUCUUCUCGAGUAUGCCGCAGUGAAUUAUACGUACUGGGGUGCCAGGGCCAAGAAGAAGAGCAAGAAAAAGGAGACGACCGAAGAGAAGCGGACUUUGUCUCUCAAAACGGGAAGCAAAGCAACCGUCUCGCCAUUCGCCGGCGGUCCGACGGACGCAGAUAUUAUAGAAUUACAAGAUCUGAGAAUGUCACCGCUGCCAAGUAUCAGGAAUAGGUCGGGGCUGGUGAAUGCCACUACGAUACCAGGAGUAGGAAGGGAACAUGACCCCGUCAAAUUUCCACCAAGUUUUCGAAUCUCCAGAGCGGCUGGGUACAAUACACAUGGUAGAAAUAGCGGUCUGCGUUACAGAGGAAUGAAGCAGCAAAAACCGAAGGUUUUACAUGCUCUACGUCGUGGAGCAUCCGUCCUGAGAGCUUCGAUGCCAAAGAUCAAGGACGUUAAUAUCAUAGACAAAUAUUCAAGGAUUAUCUUCCCCGUGAGUUUUAUGCUCUUUAACGCCGUCUAUUGGAUCUUCUAUGUUCUUUGAAUCUGUAAGCCUCUCGCCUUCGGGAGGGACCAAACGAUCAUGAUUCUGCAGUUCCUUACAAUAGGAUCUCUGAUCGUGUUGCCCGUGGCUAUAAUCUUAUACCACCCAGCCAUUAAUUUUGCAUCGUGGCUGCGAAUCGGCGCGACGGUAUAUGUAUCGCAAGGCGGACAUGUAUAUUUGCAUACAAAUAAUUGUAUCAUCAAGAGAUUUUCGCGUAACGUAUAGAUCUUACUUAAUGUUAGAUCUAGGAUUAAAAAUCAAAUUUAAAUAGAAGAUCUAGGAUUAAGAAUCUAGCUCUAAAAGUAGACCUAAGACGAUGACGACAAGGACAAUAUGUUCCUAAGUAAUUCUGGCCAGUUAUCGGCUAAGAUUGUUUAUUUUCUGUGCAACUUUUAAAAAAUUCUAAUAUUUUAGCCGCACGAAAUAUCCCGUUGCGUGAUGCGUCUUGAUUUAGCAUAAUAGAAGCUGCAUGGAUAAAAAAUUAAUUGCGCUAAUUUUGAGACACUACAGAUCUAAUGCCAGAAAGAGUACUUGAAGUCCUCGACGCUUCCUAUGUAGGAAGGAACCAAAAAUAUAAAAGCCCUCGAAAAUGGCGAUUCGAAAAUAAGGAUGACUAAAUAAAUAUCAUCAACAUGAUUCACAAUAAUGAGACAUAUGGUGCAAUAUACGAAAUAUCUUUUAUCAAUUAUAUACUAUCCAGGGAACUGUAUUAAUAUUAAAAUGCUAAAGGAGUCGAUGUGUAUUGCAAGUAAAAUAUUAGGUAGAUACCAAAGAGUAUUAAAAAAAGAAAUCAUCGAAGUUUCGUCAAGUUAUUGAUGAUUACUUUUAAAAGAUCUUGUUGUCGAGCUUAUACAUAAAAAUAUAUUUAUGUAAAUUCAAAGUCCAUUCGGAAUGGACUUUGGGACAACAGCAAAGAGAAAACAUUUCUUUUAAAUGAUCGAGCGUACAAACGAUCGGCAUUAAAUUUGCGGAACACUGCCUUAAAUAAUUAAAGUCAAAAGAGACAGGGAAAAGCAACAAGAUUAGAGGAAAAGAGAAAGAAUAAGUUAUAUGAGCAAAAUAAUGAAGAAUCGUUUGAUCGUUCGCAUAAUCGUUGACAUUGGUCGUUGAUCCUUUUAAGGAUUAUCGGAUUGGCUGGUACAUGAUAUUGAAUCUUGUCUUUCUUUUUCAAUAAUAAAUGAAAGACCUAUUAUCAUCGGAUAA